UUGAUUCUGACUUUUUAAGAUGGAUGAAGGUGUAGAAAUUUCAAGUGAUGGAAAUUCCCUCAUCAAAGCAGUCCAUCAGAGCCGGCUUCGCCUCACAAGACUCUUGCUAGAAGGUGGUGCCUACAUUAAUGAGAGCAAUGACCGUGGGGAAACCCCUUUAAUGAUUGCUUGUAAGACCAAACAUGUUGAUCACCAGAGUGUCAGUAAAGCCAAAAUGGUUAAAUACCUGUUAGAAAACAACGCUGAUCCCAACAUACAGGACAAAUCUGGGAAAACUGCUUUGAUGCACGCUUGCUUAGAAAAAGCUGGUCCUGAAGUUGUUUCCUUGCUCCUAAACAGUGGGGCUGAUCUCAGCUUGCAAGACCAUUCUAGUUAUUCAGCCCUUGUUUAUGCUAUAAAUUCAGAGGAUAGAGAAACCCUGAAAGUUCUACUUAGCGCUUGCAAGGCAAAAGGGAAAGAGGUCAUUAUCAUAACAACAGCUAAAUCACCCUCUGGUAGGCACACUACCAAACAGUACUUAAAUAUGCCUCCUGUAGAUAUAGAUGGGUGUCAUUCCCCAGCCUCCUGUGCCACUCCUUCAGAAAUAGACAUAAAAACAGCCUCAUUGCCACUUUCACAUUCUUCUGAAACUGAAAUGACACUUUUUGGCUUUAAAGGUCUGGAGCCCUCAGGAAGUAGUGAUGAUACACAGGACCCAGGCUCCCCUAUGAGGAAGCCUGCUAUGGCCUCUAAUGGGCCCAAGCUACCCCAGGCUCCAACUUGGAUCAAGAGUCCUCCCUUAUUAAUGCACCAAAACAGAGUGGCCUCCUUGCAAGAGGAGCUCCAGGAUAUUACUCCAGAGGAAGAAUUAUCCUACAAAACCAAUGCGCUGGCACUUUCCAAGCGAUUCAUUACUAGGCACCAAAGUAUUGAUAUAAAAGACACUGCACAUUUGCUAAGAGCCUUUGAUCAGGCCAACUCAAGAAAGAUGUCAUACGAUGAAAUAAAUCAUCAAUCAUUUUUUUCAGAAGGAAGCCAGCAAUGCAUUGAAAUCCCUGCUGACCCAGAUCCAGACUCUAACCAGACAAUCUUUGCUUCCACCUUAAGAAGUAUAGUUCAAAAAAGAAACUCAGGGGCAAAUCACUACAGCUCUGAUUCCCAGCUCUCGGCUGGUCUUACCCCUACAACUCUAGAAGAUGGCAAAGCACUUAUAGGAAAGAAAAAAAUCUUCUCACCAUCUCCUUCCCUGUUGUCAGGGCCCAAAGAAUUGCUGGAGAAUAUCUCACCAGGUCCCUUGAGCAGGAGAAAUCAUGCACUUUUAGAAAGGCGUGGUUCAGGAGCUUUCUCUUUAGAUCACAAUAUUACUCAAGCCAGAUCAGGAUUUCUGCCACCCUUAAACGUGAAUCCUCACCCCCCCAUCUCAGAUCUCAAUGUCAAUAACAAGAUUUCCAGCCUCCUUUCUUGUGGUCAAAAAGUGCUUAUGCCAACAGUUCCUAUGUUCCCUAAAGAAUUCAAAAGUAAAAAAAUGUUGUUAAGGAGACAAUCAUUGCAAACAGAACAAAUUAAGCAAUUAGUAAAUUUUUAAGAAAUGGCUAGAAAGCACAUUUUGUUCAAAUGUCUACAUCAGAGAAAUAUAGAACCAGAGAAGAAAUCUCAAAUGUCCAUCCUUUUAAAUCUUGUAAUUGGUUAGUCCAUAAUUGUUAGGGGUAUCAAAAUGUACUGUGUAUCAUACUAGGCACUGUGAACAUACAAAUAACAUGUAGUGCCUACUAAGGAAAUUCAAACAAAAUUAAAGCUAUAUUUCUCAAAACUCCUAAUAUUUAACAACCUUCAUGUGGUCCAGGUUUUUAAUUUAAACAAAAAUCAGUUUAAAAAAAAAGGGCAAAUAUGUUGGAGAUGACUUUAAAAUUUUUUUCAGAUUUCCCAGAUGUUUUAUUAGGAAACACUGCAUUCAAGUCAAUAAACGUUUUUAACAUUACAAGUCAAUAAAUAAGAUUGUAAUUUUCCAUGAUGCCAAAAGCAUAAAAAAAAAACAAAAACAAAACAGUCCUAUGAUCAAUAAGCCUAUAAGGUAUAAGGUAUAAGGAAAGAAUGAACUAAUUCUUAAAACUGUUGAUUGCAAGUAUGUGAAAUCUAAUUAAAAUUGUAAAAGACCAACCAUUAUAGUAGACUGGGCAGCUAAUAUUCACGUUGUCAGCUUAAUCAAUGUCAAAUAACAGAUCAGAGUUUUACAAGCUAGUAAUAAUCUAUGCUAAGUGUUGGCGUGUUGUUUUUUGCUUGGUUUUAUUUUGUCUUUAAUGUUAUCUCAUAGAAUUCUUUCUUCAUAUCUUUUAAUUCCUGUUAUUAUUUUUGAGGUCUAUCUAUAGGUUCCCAAUAACAAGAUAAAACAAAAGUUUAAAAGCAUUCCUUGUUACUUAUAUCAAAUUAUUCUUGUCUUUCUUACAGACAACCAAAAAAAAAAAACAAACCCGGGGAUUUAUCACAAAUAGAGACUAUGUGCUUCCUUCAUUUUAGAAAAGAAAAACUGAUUAUUAGAUUCUCUUAGAUUAGCUAAAAUUAAGAAAGCCAAUAGAAACUUACAGAAUAGAAACAAAAUACACUAAAUAUUUGGUCAAGAUUAAAUAAUAUCUCUUAAUUUCUAACAUAAUUAUUAAACAUUUAUAUAAUAAGGUUAAUUUCCUUAGUGUGACAUUCCAAUCAUCUAGUAUUUAGGACCUGUGAAUAACUUCUAACAAAAUAAAUGAAUACCAUGUUACUAUUAUAAAAUAUUACAAAAUGACUAUAUUAUCUAUAUGAUUUCAAAAUGUGUUUAUAUAAAGAAUCCUUAUUUCAACCUAGCAGUUUCACAACAAAGAAUAAGUCAAAUUAUAUAAAACUGGAGUGCACUAAUCUGAUGACUGUCAUAUACAAGUUUAUUUCUUUGCCUUCUAUUAGUAGAGGAGAUCCUAACAAUUGGUAUGAUGCUUUUCUUGGUAAUUUGAUAUAAGCAAGUUGUAAUGUACAUGGUAAUUAUUUAAUGUUUUUGUGGCUUUUAUUUGAAAAACAAUAAUUGGAGGUUUUUCAUUUAAUGUUUUAAAGAACAUUAAUGUAAAUUACAUUAGAAAUAGUUUUUGAUUCAGAACUUAGAAUUGUACCUGAUGUUUAUAGGUAGCUAAACCCUUUUCACAAGUUUAAUAUUGAGAAAAGUGCUUGGCUUUAAGUUGCAAGGAUACAGUUUGGAGAAAUAUGUAAAUAUAUUAGUUCAUAAACA